AUGAUAGAAUAUAUCACUAACGUUAAGAUAAGCAAAGAUGACGGCUUACCUGACCAAAUAUGUAGUAACUGUGCUUAUAAACUAGGGAUUGCAUACCAUUUUAAACAGACAUGUGAGAGUUCUAAUUCACGAUUGCGGCAAUAUUUAGGGCUGGAAAUUAUAAGCAAAACAAAAGAUGCUGAAAUUAUGACAAACCCCAUUGUUAUGACAUAUCAGACUAUACUUAAAAAAUGUAAAUGUAGUAAAGAACCAAAGAAAAGUUCAUCAAAUUAUAAAAAGAAACCUGAGUGUGAAAAAUUGAAAAGAGGCCCUAAACCAAAACCUAAGAAGGAACAUGCUUGCUAUCAUUGUAACAAACAAUUUAGAUGCCAGGCUCAAUUGGAAAUGCAUGUAAGAACUCAUACUGGAGACAAACCAUUUGUGUGUAUGUAUUGCCCUCGGAGGUUCACACAAAAACAUAAUUUGACUAUUCAUCUGCGUGUCCAUACAGGGGAGAAACCUUUUCAAUGUGAUGUAUGCAGCAAAAGUUUUUCAGCACAAGGGAACUUACAAGCUCAUCUAAAAAUACACACAGGACAAAAAGAUCAUACUUGUUCAAUAUGCAACAAAUCAUUCAUAACAUCCAGUGAACUGACAAGGCAUAUGUUUAAACAUAGAGGAGCGAAGAAUUUCAAGUGUGAUGUUUGUGGUGCUGCUUAUAUACAUAAUAGAGAUCUCAAAAUCCACAAACUCAGAAAACAUGAUAUCAAUGAACAUUCUAAAACUCAGACUGAAUACAACACCAAUAUAGACAUAAUUGGGAUUGAUGAAAAAAAGAACAAUAUAAUGCCAGAUAAAGAAGAUAAUUUACCAAAUGAUAAAAAUCAUCUUACUAUGACCAAUCCACUUUUGGCUUACGAAAAUAAAACAAAAGAUAUUAGUCAUCCAUAUCAAAAUAACAUAGCUCAUGAAACUCUCUCUUGUACAAUUUGUGGGGAAAUCUUCCAUUAUAUGGCACCACUUGCGCAUCAUUACUUACAUCAACAUAAGACUGCCAAUAUU